CGGCUCGACACGAUCUGCUGCUGAGGACCAUGAGUCCGCUGGGCCACAGCUCCGUCAGCCAAUCACGCAUCAGACGGAUGCACAUUUAAAGAAACCUCGGGUGGAGGCUGCAGAGGCAGAGAAGACGCACGGCGGGGAGGAGCAGCAGAAGCAGAAGCAGAAGCGGAUCGGUGUGUCGGUGUCCUCGGUCAAGCUGCUGGUCUGCAGGUCUCUCUCGUGCACUGGUCCCACCUUAAUGGCUUAAACCGAUCCAGGCUAUUUCCAACCGUGGAGAUUUGAGGCUGAGCACGAGCUGGAAAUGAAGUUUCUUGGCUUUCUCGUGCUAAUGCUGUGCCACUCGUCUCGUGCUUUUCCUGCUCCAGUGGAUACUGUCAUAGUCCAGGCCCAGCAGUGGGGAGUGGUGGGUGCUCAGAGGGUCGAGGAACAGGUUCUUCUCAAUGGAGUCUCACUGCCCGGCACAAGCCAGGAAUUCAACAAUAUAAAGGAGACCAUUUCUACCGAUGCACUCCUCCUUGCUCUCAUCAGUGUCAACCAGACUUCGGUGCUCAGGAACCACACUGUUCUGCGCUCUCGUGAAUGCAUACUGGAGGGUACUGAGCUGCACUGGACGGACCGCGUGUUCUAUGAUGGGAAGGUCUAUCUCACUCUGGACCACUCGGACACGUGGACGGCCCAUGCUCCACAAGCGCUGGCCAUCAAAGUGUUGUGGGACCAGGAGGAGGAGCGCACCCGGGCAGAGAGGAUCCGCCUUCAGGAUGGAUGCAUCAGGCUCAUGAGGGAGCUGAAGCUCUCGGGGGAACAGUCGGGUGCAUGGAUUCCCUUGCCUCAGGUUCUGAUCCCCAUCCUGGCAUUGCUGGCGUUUACAGGCUUUAUCCUGAUCAGCCUCCUCCUCUCCAAAAACAAAGGUUUGAGGCACCCUGGAGGGGUUGUUGGCUCUCUCAUACAUUACCCCAAGGACAUGACUGAGAAGAGUCCAGAGAAGAAAGGCAAUGGUUACCGUACCUUGUGAUGCAAAGCUCCAGCUAAAUGUCGGACUUGGGUUUGAGCUCUCUCCUCUGUGUCUACUGUUGAAUGUCAACUUCAUGAUUUAAUCUUAAAUAUGUUUUCUCUCUCUGUGAUGACACUUUUGCUAAAUGAAUGGAAACAUUCCUUUGCUAUAGAGCACCAACCACCUACUGUGACUAACCAGUCUGCUUUUCAGACAUUAGUAUAUGCACUUUAUCAUGCAUGUAUCACACUUUACACUGCAGUUUUUGUCCCGUGUAUCUUUCAAAUGUAUGCAUUCACCCACAGAAAUUUAAGAAUCUUCAAUGCCAGCAGCAAUCUACAAACUUCUCUUUGCUCACUCAACAAGGGCAGAAGUUUCCACUAGUUUGACAAAGUCAAACAGAUUCUGUGUCAAGUCCUCAAAGUAUCUAAUGAAAGUUACCACAGAGAGUGUAGAAAAUCGUCAAGCAUUGUGUUCAUAGAGCUCCUCUGAAAAACAUUGGAUGGAAGGACUCUGUGUAUUUUCCAAAGAGGCUGACUUAGCCGUGGUGUUUGCUCUAAAAAAACAAACAAAUAAAUCCUAAUGGUUCAAUUUAUGAGUGCUGUUGCAAUUGUCAAUAAUGUUUAUUAUGUGUGUAAAUUUACAGAAAUUUAAAUUAAAGAUGCUUUUAUUCCAGGUUUAUUUGAUAUGAUUCAAUUUUUUUUUUGGGAGAAUGACAUGAAAAAAGUUUUGUUAAUUAUUAUUUUCGCUGAUUGUAUCUAAGGAAGGUUAUUUUCCCAAAGGCAUGAAUAUAUUGUGUGUCGACAUUGAUGUGAGAUCAUGUUGAAAAAUCUACCUUUAAUCCAAGCUGGAACACUUAAUAUAAACUUUAGUGUGUGCUUACUCAGGGUAUUUGUACACUGGUUUCCCCCCCCCAAAGUUCAGCCAUAUGUGCAGUUUAAACAUUAAAGCUGCUGUACGGGCCAGAGUCACCAUGUCAUUUAUUCCGUUGUGCUGCUCUGAAGAUGUGACCAACAAAGUGUUUACUUUAGAGCAAUUCAAUUUACUUCUGCACCAUUUCCAAAAACAGAUUUGAUAUACUUGAAUUAAAACAAGAAAAUGAAUAGUAUCCGUUUUAAUUUGUGUUUGCAGUAACAUCCCUUCAAGGUGUUUAUUCUCACAGAUGAGUCACUGUGAUUAUUCCUUUUUUUUAAAAUUCUAUUAAAUCUCAAAUAUUGAGAGCAUAUACAGUAUUUUGUCUGCAUUCAUUAAAAUAAUGUCAACACAGUG